UAGGAAACUCCCACUCUCUCUCUCUCUACCCAAAAUAGAUAGAGUGUGUCUCCUGCAAUUCCUCUCUUCCACAAUGCCAUCCAAUGGCACCAACUACUUCAUUUAAUCCCAUACAUAGUUAGCCUCCUCUCACCUCUUCCAGCCUCCCCAAUCCUAAUAAUCAGAUUGUCUCCCUCCAUUACCAAUAUAAUUAUAAAUCUCCCAUUCUUCUCUCUCCUUCCUUUUCUCUCUCGAAGAGACAAAAACAAAGAAGAAGAAGCCAUAAUAUUCAAAAAUUAUGGCUCCCGUCUUCCUCUUCUUCCUCCUCCUCCCUUACCUCUCCUCCUGCGCCUCUGCCCAUGGUGCGCAUGCCUCGAAGGGGCCUAAAUUGACUCUUGACUACUAUGCCAGGUCGUGCCCCCGCUUCCAUGACAUCAUUCGGAAUGUGAUCGUGGACAAGCAGCUCACCUCCUCCACCACCGCCGCCGCCACCCUCCGCCUCUUCUUCCACGACUGCAUGGUCGAUGGGUGUGACGCGUCCGUCCUCAUCACUUCCAAUGCGUUCAACCAGGCCGAGCGCGAUUCCGACCUCAACCUCUCCCUCCCCGGGGACGGAUUCGACGUCGUCAUCAGGGCAAAGACCGCUUUGGAGCUCGAGUGCCCUGGGAUUGUGUCGUGCUCCGACAUCCUGGCUGUCGCCACGAGGGAUCUUGUAUCAAUGGUGGGCGGGCCAUUCUACAAUGUUUCACUGGGCCGGAAGGAUGGGCUGACAUCCAAGGCUGCCACCGUGAGAUCCCACCUGGCCGAGCCAACCUUCCCAUUGGACAAGAUCAUAUCGAUGUUCAACUCGAAGGGGUUCAACAUCGAGGAAAUGGUUGCCCUCUCCGGGGCCCACACCAUCGGGUUCUCUCACUGCAAGGAGUUCAGUGGCCGCCUCUUCAACUACAGCAAAAGCAACCCGACCGACCCGACGAUCCACCCUAAGUACGCCGAGGGACUCAAGAAGCUGUGCGCCAACUACACCAAGGACCCCACUAUGUCCGCCUUCAACGACGUCAUGACCCCGAACAAGUUCGACAACAUGUACUACCUGAACCUCCAGAGGGGGCUAGGGCUCCUUGCCUCGGACCAGGCCAUGGCUUCGGACAAGAGGACGAGGCCGAUUGUGGACCACUUUGCCGCCAAUCAGACGGCCUUCUUCGAUGUAUUCGCAAAGGCGAUGGAGAAAGCCAGUGAGUUCCAGGUCAAGACUGGGAAUGAAGGUGAGGUCCGCCGUCGGUGCGACGCCUUCAACAGCAUCAAGACAUGAAGGCCAGGAAUUUCGAGAGAGCCGAAACCAAAGAGUACCAAGAAGAGGGAAGCAAGCAAGCAAGUAAAGAAAAAGGUGUAGAGAAAGUAUACGUAUGUAUCUUUCUCGCACAGGAGAAAAAGCAAAAAUGAAUCGAGCGCCACGCAAAAUAGAAAACAAAAUGGUGUAUUCUUAUGAGAAAUAAUGGGUGAUUAAAUUUGUUUUAUAUUUGUU